AUGGCAAAGAAGAAAUCUAAGAGUAGAUCCAAAAGCUCUAGAAGAGUUUUGGAUGCGUUGCAGCUCGCUGAGAGGGAGAUUAAUGGUGAGUUUGAUGAUUCCAGCAACAAUGACAGAAGGCAAGAUGCACGUCGUAAUGGUACUGUUGUCAACUUAUUGAAAAUAUCGAGGGGUGGUGCUGAUAGUGAUGAAGAAGAUGUUGGCUCAGAGUCAUUUGAAGACGAAGAACUAAACUCUGAUGAAGCCUUGGGUUCUGACGAUGACUAUGACAUUCUGAACUCUAAAUUCUCACAAACCAUCCGUGAUAAAAAGAAGGGAAAUGGCGAAUACGAAGAAGAUGAGGAUAAAGGUGGAUACACUUCUAUUGAUGAGGAAGACUUGAUGUCAUUGUCUCAGGUAUGGGACAUGGAUAGCAAGGCCGUGCAUAGUAACGCUAACGAUGAGGAAGAUCUUUCCCCUCAGUUAAGGUUGCAAAACAGUGACGUCAGUUCUGAAUCAAGUAGUUCCGAAGAAAGUGAGUCUGAGUCUGAGGUGGAGGAGGAUCCCUUCGACGAAAUUUCAGAAGAUGAAGAAGAUGUGGAGUUGAACACAAUUACUUCGAAACUGAUCGAUGAAACAAAAUAUAAAGGUCCAAGGAGACUAGAUACAUAUGGUACAGGGGAAGCUAAUGAGUAUGUUUUGCCUUCUGUAAGUGCAACCAGUGGAAUUUCGGGGAAAUUAAGUCUCACAGAUAUGAUGAAUGCUGUUGAUGACAGAAAAGUAAUUGAAAAUGUUAGUUUACUUAAGGGUAAAUCAUCCACGUACGACGUUCCGUUGCCACAACGUAUCCAACAAAGACACGAUCGUAAGGCUGCAUAUGAAAUAUCUAAACAAGAAGUAAGCAAAUGGAAUGACAUUGUCCAACAAAAUAGAAGGGCUGACCAUUUAAGCUUCCCACUGAAUAAACCCACUGAACAUAAUCAGGCCUCCGCUUUUAGUAGAACUCAAGAUAUUCCUCAAACAGAAUUACAAGAGAAAGUAGAUCAAGUUCUACAAGAGAGUAACUUGGUCAACCCAGAAAAGGACUCGACAUUUGAAGACUUAAGUACUGCGAAAAUGACACCUGAGGAAAUGAGAAAAAGGAGAACCGAAAUGAGGCUGAUGAGAGAGCUAAUGUUUAGAGAAGAAAGAAAAGCUAGAAGAUUAAAGAAAAUAAAAUCCAAGACAUAUCGUAAAAUCAAAAAGAAGGAAUUAAUGAAGAAUAGAGAAAUGGCUGAUAUUUCUAGUGACGAGGAUGACGAAGACCAUGAUAUUGCUAGAGCAAAAGAAAGAAUGACUUUGAAACACAAGACUAACUCUAAAUGGGCCAAAGAUAUGAUCAAACAUGGCAUGACAAAUGAUGCUGAAACUAGAGAGGAAAUGGAGGAAAUGUUAAGACAAGGUGAACGUCUAAAGGCGAAGAUUUUGGACAGAAACCCUGACGAUGAAAACGAUGAUCGUGUGCAAACCUUAAGCGAUGUUGAAAAUGAGGAGCAAGGAAACAUAGACACUACAGAAUUAAAGAGCAAGUUGGGUAAAACCGGCGUAAUGAACAUGGCCUUUAUGAAGAAUGCAGAAGCUAGAGAGAGGGAUGCAAACGAAGAAAACUUACGUAGAUUAAGGGCUGUUGAAAACGGGGGUGAUAUCGAACUCUUUGAAAGCGACAAAGAGGAGACAAAUGGAGAAAAUAUCCAAUUAAAUAAGGGCAGAAGAAUUUAUACACCUGGUACUUCAGAAUCUAAUAAAGAAAUGGAUGAAUUAAACGCCCGUACCAGAAGAGAACAUGGCGUUGAUGAAUCAAGAAAUCUGGAAAAUCGACUAAAGGCCAAGAAUGGCAAGCAAUCAAAACCUGCGAAGGUUAAUGCAGAAGGUGCAAUAAUCGUAGAGGAAUCUAGUGAUGAAGAACCCGUCCAAGACAAUCAGAAAUCUCAGCAAGACGGCGAAGCAAAUGGUGUCAACCCGUGGUUAGCUAAUGAAAGUGAUGAAGAAAGUGCAAUCAAAAAGCAAUCUUCCAAAGUCAGCAUUGUUGAUAAAGAUAGUUCUAAGAACGCUAAAUCCAUGAAUAAAAUGAACAAAGCAGAACUGAAACAGAAAUCGAAGGCGAAAAAAGGUAAAUCAAAUGUUGAUGAAGAUCUUUUGUUAACAGCGGACGAUUCCACAAGAUUGAAGAUAGUGGACCCCUAUGGUGGUUCUGAUGACGAACAGGGUGACAAUGGAUUCAUGUUCAAACAACAAAAUGUCAUUGCUGAAGCAUUUGCUGGGGACGACGUUCUAGCAGAAUUCCAAGAGGAAAAAAAGCGAGUCAUUGACGAUGAAGAUGAUAAAGAAGUUGACACUACUCUGCCCGGUUGGGGUGAAUGGGCUGGUGCGGGUGCCAAGUCAAAAAAUAAGAGGCGUAAAUUCGUCAAGAAAGUCAAAGGUGUGGUGAAUAAAGACAAAAGAAAGGAUAAGCAUUUACAAAAUGUGAUUAUAAAUGAAAAAGUAAACAAGAAAAAUCUGAAAUACCAAUCAUCUGCAGUACCAUUCCCAUUCGAAAACAGAGAGCAAUAUGAAAGAUCUUUGCGUAUGCCAAUAGGUCAGGAAUGGACAUCUAGAGCAUCUCAUCAAGAGCUUAUUAAGCCAAGGGUUAUGACUAAACCAGGUCAAGUCAUUGAUCCAUUGAAGGCACCAUUUAAAUAA